AUGGCCAAUGGAAACGGGGUGGCCCCGCCACCUACCGCCGACGAGCCCUCCGACACAGAAAAAGCCCCUGUCGUGAGCUCCUCGACCAAGCGGCCAGCAGCUCCCUCACUGUGGAAGGCAUGGAAAUAUAUCUUCGAUUGGUACCCAAGCCACUAUUCAGAUGAGGAGCGCAGGCUUCUGCGCAAGCUGGACUGCUUCAUUAUGCCGCUGUGCUGUCUAAUGUUUUUCAUCAAAUGGCUUGAUCAAGGCAACACCAAUAACGCCUAUGUUUCGGGCAUGAAGGAGGAGCUCCACCUGAACGGGAACCAGUAUUCCCUGUUCGGGACAUUCUAUAAUAUAGGAUAUCUCCUCUUUGAGAUCCCAUCCAUGAUGCUGAUCUCUCGGCCGAGCCUGUCCCGCUACUAUCCACCGACCAUGGAGCUUCUCUGGGGAAUUGUGACCUUUUGCCAGGCACGCAUGCGCAACGAGCACGAUAUCUUUGGUAUCCGGUUUCUGCUGGGUGUGCUCGAGACCCCGGCGUCUUCGGGCAGCAUCUACAUUCUGACCUCAUGGUACCGCGCCGACGAGGUUUUUAAAAGAGCGGGAGUGUGGUACGUGAGUAGCAAUGCCGGCUCAAUGUUCGGAGGAUAUCUGCAAGCUGCCGCGUACACCAAUCUGAAUGGUGUCUUGGGUAUGGACGGCUGGCGCUGGUUGUUCAUCAUAGACGGUAUCAUUAGCGUUCCAAUUGCAAUUGCUGGGUUCUUCCUUUUCCCCGGCAUCCCGCAAAGCCCCCGAGUCUGGUGGCUCACCGAGCGGGACCAGCAACUUGCACGCGCCCGAAUGGGCGAUGAUGGCGUCAAGGAGAGCACGAAGAUAGGAAAGCGCAUGCUCAAGCGCGUGUUUACGCACUGGCAUUUCUACAUCGCUAUCACAACUUACAUCUGCUUUCAGUGUACCAGCUAUGUUGCCGGGCAAAUGGCCCUGUGGCUGAAAUAUGAGGCGGAACAACACGGCACUUACACCAUCCCGGAGAUCAACACAAUCCCAACUGGUGUACAGGGAGUCGCUAUAGUGACCGGCAUCCUUUCGACCUCUCUUUGCAUGGUCUACCCGAUCUGGACCACCUUUACGUUCGCAACCGCAGUUCUUCUCUUUUGCAAUGUCGUUCUUCUUGUGUGGGACAUUCCAGUGGGGCUUCAUUUCACGGCCUACUAUCUUUUGGGAAUGACAUCUUGCAUUACUCCAAUCCUGUUUCCUUGGGUUAACAUGAUCAUGAAGGACGACGCCGAAGCUAGAGCCUUCACGACGGGAGCGAUGAUGACCUGCGGUUGGAUCUUCUUCUCCUUCUACCCAAUCACGGCCUUCCCCGUUCUCGAGGCGCCCAAGUGGCGCAAGGGCUUUACCGUCAACACAGUUUUGACUGUCGUUUACUGGUGCCUGUUUAUGUUGGGACAGUACCUGUGGACGCGAGAGCUGAAGCGACGCCAAAGCCAGGAGGUUGUCGAUGGAGACAUGGUUGAGACAGAGAAGGAGGCCGAACUGGGCGCGUCAAGCAACCAUGUGGAAACCACAACCAAGGAUGAGAUUAAGGUAGAGAGAGUGUGA